CCACACUAUAUAAUGAAUCACAUAGAAUAGAACAAUUCAAACUCAAACAAACCCCUUAAACAUAUUCUUUAGCUUUUAUUUCAUCUCUCUCUUUUUCUAGCUACAACACAUAACUAGACAAAAUAUUCCCAACUAUACUCUCAAUUUUUCAAUGGAUCCAUCCUAUAUAUCUACUUAUGUAAACUUAAGCUGUGAAUUGAGAAUAAUACAGGCUCGAAACGUCGAAUUUAUCAAGCCUACGAAAAACAUGUUUGCAAGAUUGUAUCUCCCAACAGGAAACAACAAAAGAAUUCAACUCAAUAGCAAAAAUGUUUCCACCAAAUCAUUACCCUUUUGGGAUGAAUCUUUCAAUCUAGAUUGUUCUUGCCCUCAAGAAUUCUUGGAAAACCUUAACGAACAAAACCUAGUUCUAGAGCUAAGGCAAAAGAAGAUGUGGGGGUCACAAUCUAUUGCGAAAAGUGAGAUUCCAUGGAAGGUGAUUAUUGAAUCACAAAAUAUGGAGUUGAAAAGAUGGUUGAAAAUGGAUUUGGUGGAUGGAAGUGAUUACAAAGAGGGUAUGUUCACAACACCAGAAGUGGAAGUGGAGAUUAAAAUAAAAGUGACUUCGGUUGCUGAGAUGGAAAAACAGAAUAAGAGGAGGUUGAAUAAUUGGAAUGAGUGUGGAUGCAAAAAUGGACAUGAUCAUCAAGCUUGGUGCAAUACUGAAGAUUGUGAUAUAUUUGCACUUGGAGCAGCUUUAGAGGCUUUUUGAUUGUGAUGCAAGAUUAUGCAGAUGUAUAUAUGUACUAACAUCAACUAAUUAGCUUAUCAUGUAUUGGAUUGAUUUUUUA